AAUGGAGGGAACAUCUGUCCAGAGGCUGCUGGUUCUGGGCUCUCUGCUGUGCUGCACAACAAACCAAGCUCGUCUGACUGUGAUUCCCAGCAGCUCUCAGGUCUUUAAAAGAGACUUUGUGUCUCUGAGCUGUGAGGAGGACGACAGCUCUGCUGGAUGGACUCUGAGGAGAAACACCACCACAGGACAGAGGACUCAGUGUGGAGCUGGGUGGGGAAAACCAACUGGUUCUUCAUGUAACAUUGGCUACAUUCUCACCAGAGACAGUGGAGUUUACUGGUGUGAGUCCAGAGAGGGAGCAACCAGUAACAGCAUCAACCUCACUGUCUCUGGUGGACCAGUGAUCCUGCAGAGUCCUGUCCUCCCUGUGAUGGAGGGAGAUGACGUCACUCUGCUCUGUAAAACAGAGACAACUCCCUCCAUCCUCUCAGCUACUUUCUAUAAAGAUGGCUCCUUGAUGAGGCCUGACCCUACAGGUCACAUGACCAUCCACCAUGUUACCAGGUCUGAUGAAGGCCUCUACAAGUGUAACAUCAGCAGUCAUGGAGAGUCUCCAUCCAGCUGGAUCACUGUCACAGGUGAGGAGCUUCACAUUGAUUUCAACUCUUAUUUCAUCCACAUACUGGUCUGCCAUCUGGUGGUGUUCUGUCCAUACUUCAUCUCCACUCUCCUCAUGGUGUCUUUAUGUCGACACAGACCAACAGGAAAAGACCUUCCUGUCUCCAUGGUGAUGACCUCACCUCAGGUUGAUCAGGGCUGUAGAAUGGAGAGAACAUCUGUCCAGAGGCUGCUGGUUCUGGGCUCUCUGCUGUGCUGCACAACAAACCAAGCUCGUCUGACUGUGAGUCCCAGCAGCUCUCAGUUCUUUAAAAGAGACUUUGUGUCUCUGAGCUGUGAGGAGGACGACAGCUCUGCUGGAUGGACUCUGAGGAGAAACACCACAAAACGACAGAGGACUCAGUGUGGAGCUGACUGGGGAGAAGCAGCUGGUUCUUCAUGUAACAUCAGCUACAUCGUCCCAUUGGACAGUGGAGUUUACUGGUGUGAGUCCAGAGAGGGAGCAACCAGUAACAGCAUCAACCUCACUGUCUCUGGUGGACCAGUGAUCCUGCAGAGUCCUGUCCUCCCUGUGAUGGAGGGAGAUGACGUCACUCUGCUCUGUAAAACAGAGACAACUCCCUCCAUCCUCUCAGCUACUUUCUAUAAAGAUGGCUCCUUGAUCAGGACUGAGUCUACAGGUCACAUGACCAUCCACCAUGUUACCAGGUCUGAUGAAGGCCUCUACAAGUGUUACAUCAUCAGUCAUGGAGAGUCUCCAUCCAGCUGGAUCACUGUCACAGAGAAACCUACAACCACAGCUCCUCCCACAUCUACACCCCCACCUCGCAACAAUGCUGAGGCCACGCCCCCUCCACCAUCCUCCCUCCACCUUGUCCUCAGACUGGUCUGCCACCUGGUGGUGUUCUGUCCAUACUUCAUCUCCACUCUCCUCAUGGUGUCUUUAUGUCGACACAGACCAACAGGAAAAGACCUUCCAGUCUCCAUGGUGACAACCUCACCCCACACUGAUCAGAGAUUGGUUGAUGAGGAUGACAAUGUCUAUGAUGUCACCACAGAGCAUCACUUUUGAAGUGAUCUGGUCUCUGGUCAGAGUGGAGAGGAUUCAGGCAGAAGAGAAGGAAUCUGUUUUGUUUUUUUCAGUUAGCUUUAAAUGUGUAACUUCUACAUUAUAUUUGUGCACUGAAUCCAAAGCUUUGUCCUUGAAAAUUAACUUUCUAUUAAUAAAUGGUGUUCGUCC